UUCGGAGCCUCACAUGCGACUCACGUGGACUCUCUCUCUCUAACUUUUCCCUCCUUUCCUAUUUGAUUGCUUUAUUUCCAAAUUAACAAAUUUAAUAUCCAAUACAGAAUCAAUCUCUGGAUCCCAAUCCCAAUUUAACCGCUCCACUGUCUUCUCUCUCUCUCUACCUUCCAUCCUCAGCAAUGGCGGUAGAGGACCAUUCUCUCUCCACUCCCCUCCUCUCCUCCGAGCAGCAGCCCCACGUCAUCGUCACCGUCCACGACGAACCCGAUCAGCCCCAACCCGAAACCAAUCCGCGAGCCCUAUUUCAGUCGGGAGAUGAGAAUCGUCACAAUCCCUAUGCGUUUAUCGGGGCGCACGACGGAUUCGAGGUGCCCGGAUCCAUCAGCAUCGACCCGUUCCGCAAUCACACGCCAAGCGUCGAGGGUUUGUACGAGUGGCUGAAGAUCGUCAUCUGCUUGCCUAUCGCGGCGGUCCGGCUUGUGCUGUUCGGCCUGUGUUUGACGGCCGGGUACUUGACGACGCGUCUGGCGCUCUACGGCUGGAAGGACAGGCAGAAUCCUAUGCCUAAGUGGCGCUGCCGGCUCAUGUGGGUGACCCGCCUUUGUGGUCGGGCUAUCCUUUUCUCCUUUGGCUACCAUUGGAUAAAAAGAAAAGGAAAACCUGCCCCCAGGGAAAUUGCUCCUAUAGUUGUGUCUAAUCAUGUAUCGUAUAUUGAUCCGAUUUUCUUUUUCUAUGAAUUAUUUCCAACCAUAGUGUCUGCCGAUACACAUGAUUCCAUGCCUUUUGUUGGGACCAUCAUUAGAGCAAUGCAGGUCAUUUAUGUUGAUAGAUUCUCGAAGUCAUCCAGGAAGCAUGCUGUAAAUGAAAUAAAGAGAAAAGCUUCUUGCAAUCAGUUUCCUCGCGUGCUUUUAUUUCCUGAGGGAACAACAAGCAAUGGAAGAGUUCUUAUAUCCUUCCAACUUGGUGCAUUCAUUCCUGGUUAUCCUGUUCAGCCAGUUGUUGUUCGUUACCCCUAUGUUCACUUUGACCAGUCCUGGGGAAAUAUCACACUUGCAAUGUUAAUGUUCAGAAUGUUUACACAGUUCCACAAUUUCAUGGAGGUGGAAUAUCUUCCACUUGUUUAUCCUAACGAGAAUCGGAAGGAAAAUGCAGUUCAUUUUGCUCAGAGGACUGCUCAUGCUAUUGCAAGUGCCCUCAAUGUAGCACAGACAGCUCACUCAUAUGGAGACUUUAUGCUUCUUGCCAAGGCAGCUGAGUCAAAGCAGGAAAACCCGUCGAUGUACAUGGUAGAACUGGGCUGGGUACAAUCAUCAUUGCAUUUGAGUGCUGUGGAAGCAGUUGAGGUUUUGGAGAUAUUUCUGUCAAUGAAUCCAGAUCCCAGUGGGUGUGUUGAAUUUCAUGAUUUUCUCAGAGCUCUGAGACUGAAACCUUGUGGCCUUUCUGAGAAGAUGUUUGAAUUUAUUGAUGUGCAGAAGAUGGGUAAAAUAACAUUUAAGCAGUUCUUGCUUGGUUCAGCCCACAUUUUGAAGCAGCCUCUGUUUCGGCGCGCAUGUGAUGUAGCAUUUGGUGAAUGUGAUAUAAAUGGGAAAGAUCAUAUCUUGAAGCAAGAGUUACAAGAUGCAGUUUCGCUAUCAAUUCCAAGUUUAAAUUCUGAUGAGAUUGAUGGGCUGUUUAGUUUGUUCGAUGUGGAUAAUGACGGUAGGAUCAGCAGGGAUGAUUUCUUCUCCUGUUUGAGACGACUGCCUCUGCUCGUUGCACUAUUUGCGCCCAAAUUGCUGCACAGAGCUUCCUCCAUUGCUCAUCCAAAUUUAGUAGAGCAAGUCUUGUAACCAGGAAUUUACAAUCCUCUUACUGCAUUUUCCUAAAAUUUUGUAACCUUAAUUGUGAGAGCUUAUUUCAUCAACCAUGUUUGUAAAUUUCGCAUGUGGUCUGGAAUUUUAAGGUAUAACAACACAUGAGUUUGAUGGGAGAGAAUUAAUACUGUAUUGUCAAGUUGGUAGGAAAAGAUGGUGCAAUUUUAUUGGCUCA